GUGGGAAAAAGUUCGUCACACACCUCCGGCACAUCUCCGGCGUGACGACGGUUAACCAUACAGUCGCACAGCGAGAUUCGACUCGCGAGGGAACCUCGACUCCUCACGGCUGGCGAUUUUCCUGGCGCGUCGCGACUCGCGUGCCCUAGUCGCGUCCCCCCUUGGUUUUUCCUUUUGCAAGCUGAAGCGAGGGGAGUCCCCCCCGGUCUCCGAUCCCCCGUACCGUACCGUACCGUUCCGAUCGUUCUCGGGGAACGGCACUCGCUCAAGAGGAAGAGAGAGAGAGAGAGAGAGAGAGAGAGAAAUCGCCGCCUGUUCAUCCUCGCUUGCGUUUGCGAGCGAUCUGCCUCGAUACAGCGAUCGUUCAACAAACGUAUUGGAGUGAAAUUUGGAUCUCGAGGAUUACUUGGUGCUGUGAAGUGAGUGAAGUUUCGAGGGGAAAUUCGUUAUGUCAAGGAGAGAAGAGAAGAGAGAGAGAGGGAAAGAAGAGCGACGACGUGCCCGAAGGUGUCGUUGACGUUUCAUGUGUCAGUGUCCUCUCCUCGUCUCUCUCGCAACGCUAUUCCCCAUCUCGUUCUCAAGCUUCAAGUUUUCGUGAAUUUUCCGUUCUCGAGGAAAGCGUUCUCCGAAGAAGAAGACUGUAGUACACGAAGACAUAUAUUGGAAUGCAGUGCAAAUUAUAUUGCUAAAAUCCAACGAAACCAUAUAAUCGAUACUACAGCCCUAGUAAUCCUUUUCUUACCUGGCAUAGGAUAUCCCUAUCCGGCCACUAUAAUCCUAUAUCCCUAGAUCCCUGUAAUCUUUAUUCAAUUGCACAAUCCGCGUUCUCCUUUCUAAAUACACAAUCAUAAUUCGAAUAUCAAGAAUUAUUCCGUAAUCGUUAUUCAACCAUCAUCUCCAUUUUUUUUUCUUACUUACGUAAAAUGCGUAUUACGUUGUUAUAGCCAAUAUUAUUACCACAGUUAUUUCAUUCAAAUAAUAUUUUCAUAAUCAUCCCUCUUUUUUAUUUAUUUCUCUAUUUUUUUCAAUAUCUCUGCCUUUUUUCCUCUUCAUUGUUUUUGCUCCAAAAAAAUUUCAAAGCCGACAAUAAUUUUUACAAAUAGCUCUCGAUUUCUCGAUUACUCUUUAAAAAAGUCGGUAAGAAUAAAAAGAAGAAGAAGAAGAAGAAGUUAUUCUUCAAACAUCAUCCGGAUCGUGAACGCGAUGCCGGAUGACAGAUUAGACCGGGCGCGGCUGUCAAAGGCGGGAUCCCUCGGGAACCACCUUCCCGUUCGGGAGGCAGAGCUCGACGCAGAAUGACGAGUUCGUGUUGCUGUUGCCGGAAGCGAAGCCGCGAAGAGGAGCGACGAGCAACCCGGCGACGAAGACGACGAAGACGAGGAGCGAGUUCGGGGUCCUCUAGUGCCAGUGGAGGGCUAUGAGCGCUGACAAUGGGGACGAAUCCUUGGCUGUCCAAGACUCGCUUCUUCCCCGAUACGAUGAUACGCUCCUGCAUCCCGAGCGGGCGAUCGCGCGCGAAUGUCACCGUCGUCAUCAUCGACAGCGAGGCGUGAUGACGCGACGUCGAUAGACGUCGAUUUAGUUCGCCGGCGACAGGCAUCGCGAGAGCUCGUAUCGCGUCGCGUCGCAUCGUUCUUCGAAGGAAAAUCGCGCCCGAGAAAAGAGUAUCAAGGGACAGAGAGAGAGAGAGAAACAAGAAAAAGAAGAAAAGUAGGAAAAGAGGGUCGCGGGAAAUAAGGAUACCGAGGGCACCUGAGGGGGUUAACACCGAGCGAAGAGGGUAGAAGAGGAGAAAGCGGAGGCAAAGAGGGUAAAACACGUGGAUGCUGUGGCCGGUAUUGGGGGGGGAUGACGGGCUGAGCCCCACAGCGUCGCCCGCACCGCCGGCGACCGGUGCUGUCCCCCCCGCCAAGGGGGUAAACAAACUGGCCCCCCUCCUGCUCUGCGCACCCUGCAAGCCCAGCGGUCACCGGAAGUGCCAAAGUUCCACCCAGUGGUACGUGCAACAGCCCACGUGGCGUUUAUGGGGCGAGGAGAGGGGCGACGGUGUCAUAUACACGGUGUACCUGAAAAAGGUCCGAUACCACCGGCCUACAAGGAGUCUCUCGGCAUCGGAUUCUGACGACGAGAUCUCGCACUUGGAAUGGGAGACGGUGAGGGUGCGCUUCCUGAAAGCCGGCACGGUGCAGCGGCUGGUCGAGAGCCUGGCGAAUGACGACGGCGAGUUGGAGUCCACAUACAUAAACGUCUUCCUCGCGACUUAUCGGGCGUUCACGACGCCGCGCGAGGUCCUCGAGCUGUUGCUCGCGCGAUACGACGCCCUGGACGAGAACGCCGGCGGCUGCGAGCAGCAUCGCAAGACCCUAGUCCAGGCCCUGCACGUCUGGCUGGACGCGUAUCCCGGCGAUUGGAAGUCGCCCCCCAACCACCCCCUCCUCACCAGGCUCCUCGACUUCACGCAUCGGCGCCUGCUCGGCUCCGAGCUCGAGCUUAAGGCCAGGCACCGGCUGCACCGCUUUCAGCGCGAGGAUCAGAUAGAUUCCUGCAUAGUCUACGACAAUGGUCGGCUGCCCAUGCGAGGUUCCCCGGAUCCGAUGCCGGAUCAUUGGGGAAACUAUAUCUUCCCGGAGGUGCCCCACCGUCACUUUGCCGAGCAGCUGACACGAAUGGACGCCGAGGUAUUCAAGAAGCUGGUCGCUCAUCAAUGCCUCGGCGCCGUCUGGUCCAGGAAGGAUCGUUCCAGGAGUCACGAGGCCGCCACGGUGGUGGCGACCGUGAAUCAAUUCAACGCCGUAUCUCUACGCGUCAUCUCGACGAUCCUGACGAACACGACGCUCAAGUCGCAGGAGCGCGCCAGGAUCCUCGAGACGUGGAUCGAUAUCGCGCAGGAGCUACGCAUCCUCAAGAACUUUAGUAGCCUGAAGGCGAUUGUCUCCGGCCUGCAGAGCAAUCCCGUGUACCGGCUGGAAAAGUGCUGGCAGUGCAUGCCCAGGGAGAAGCACGAGCUCUUUCGGGAACUCGAAAGGAUAUUCUCCGAGGAAAAUAACGCCUGGACGCAGAGAGAAUUGCUCAUCAAGGAGGGCACAGCCAAAUUCGCUGACACUGCCGGAAGGAGUGACAGGCAUUUGCAGAAGCUCUUUCAAAAACAAAAUACUCACGCGGGCAAUAUUAGCUACGGCACGAUACCGUACUUGGGUACCUUCCUCACUGAUCUAACGAUGAUCGAUACGGCAAUACCGGACACGAUAGCGGACGGUCUCAUUAAUUUCGAUAAGAGACGGAAAGAGUUCGAGGUGUUGGCGAGGAUACGGCUUUUACAGGGCGCGGCAAACGCGUACAAUUUCAACACGGACCCCAUGUUCGAUCGUUGGUUUCACUCGGUAUUGGUAUUGGACGAUCGGGAAGCUUACAAGCUCAGCUGUCAGAUCGAGUCACCACCAGCGGGCAAUACUCUCAACAAUCGCGGCAAAAAGAAGCAAAAUCAUCAGGGUCAUCGGAAAAAUGACUCGAUCGCGUCGACGUCGAGCUCUAGCAGUUCCCAGUUCUACUGCGACCUCGACUCUCUGCCGAGCUCGCCUCACAACUCGUUGGACCGGCGUACCUCGCCCUCGCAAAUGUCCAGUUCGUCCUCGAGCUCGUCUCUACCUUCUCUAGACGUGUCCUUGGGCUCGGGCGGGGGUGGCAACCAUCAGACCCGUCUGGCGCCUCCGACAGGCGCCGUCCCGUCUAACGGAAGCACCCCCAAUCUCGCUGGACUAUCCAGUCCCAGUCACUCGCACAAGAGCUCGCCGGACUUUUACAUCAUCAAGGUGACCAUGGAAACGGACAAUGUGGAGACGGACGGCGUGGUGCUUUACAAGUCCAUCAUGCUGUCGAACAACGAGCGGACGCCGCAGGUGAUCCGUAAUGCCAUGCUGAAGCUCGGCAUCGAGGGCAAUCCCGAUCAGUACACCCUGGCGCAGGUGUUACCCGAUCGGGAGAUGGUGCUGCCUACCUCGGCCAAUGUCUAUUACGCUGUAAAUACCGCGCACAAUCUCAAUUUCAUACUGAGACCGAGGAAGGAGCCCAACGACGCGACCUCGGACAGUCCCAGGAGCAAGGGCAACGGUCACAAUCAUAAACGAUAGUCGUGAACACUGGUUGACCGAAUGUCAAACUAACAACAUUCGUAAGAUCGGGGAACGAUCUUUCAAGUUCGCUGAUAACGUGAAGUAGUUUCAAAACUUUGGAUGCGAGAUCAGAGUGAAGGAAAGUAAAGCCGAUCGGGGUAAUUGUGAUAAAAAUUAAAUGUGAUAUCAGAACGCAAUAACAAAUCAAAUAUUAAACUAUAAUAUUACGCAAGUGCACAACAAUAUUAAAUAUGAUAUUAUUAAUAUUCAAAAAUGUAAUACUAGAGAGAGUGUCGAUAGCUUGUAAUUAACACUAUCGGUAAUAUUAAUUGAUAGUUACUAUUAUUAAUCAAUAUAUUAUUCUGGUUGAUUAGUAAUACUAAAAGUACUAAUUAUACGAUAUAUCAUUAAAAUAAAAUACAUAUCGUUAUAUAAAAUAUUACAACUCAUUUGGCUCAUCAUCGUAAUUUAAAAAACGAUGACAAUUUAAUUAAUAAUUUUUCUACGCGAAAAAUAGAGCGAUCACUAUCACGAUUAUCUCGAUCGGUCGCACAUCUUCCUUUAAUGAAAUUGAUGAGAAGAGAAGAGCGAAUCUCAUCGUCAAUUAGACUUUGUUUGUUAAGAUUUACCAUGACAGCUCGACUCUUUCGCUUCCCGAUACAAUGCAAAUGAUCGAGCGACGUCGAAGUACGAUUAAGCAUGGUCAUUCCGGUACGACCGGAAGUGCGUAUACUCAUUCGUACUGUACUCAGACACAACGCUAAUAUACAUAACUGCGCAAUCGGGAUCUAGCAUUAUUAUAAGCGUGAGUCACACACGCGAGGUUCUUAUCAAUGCCACGAUGAUGCAAACAAGCACAAGAGAGCCCCGUAUUCUUGCCGCUUUAACGUCACCUUUGAUAUCAGAGCAUUUAUAAUGUUAUAAUCAUAAGCAUUUUUUCUCUCCGACCUCGUUAUUUGUCUGUCUAAUUUUCGUCUAAGAAAAAUCAAUUAAAAGAUAACGCGAGAUCAUCGAGAGAUAAUUGAAGAUGUAUAAAUAUCUCCUCAUCUUUAUUCUUUAUUGUAAUCACAUUUGGCGCUAAAUACGAUGUGAUGCCGAGUGAUAUUUAUAUCUGACAUAACAGCAUAUUAUAAAAACAUUAUUAUAUUUAAAUAAUUAGGACUUUUGUUAUCUAUUUUUGUUUAACAUUAAAAAGCCAUAUUUUACAUUAAAAUAUGGCCUUUUACUCUUACGACUGUUAUUUGUCUGUUGUGUAAUACUAUUAGUUUGGACGAGAUAUUAACGGAACGAUAAUUGUAUGUCGCAGAACAAUGCACAAACAGUAUUUUCGUCGAUUGUAAGACAGCCGUGUUUAGCAUUAAAUGUGUAAAAAAGAAUAACGGGCGCUUACGGACAGAACUUUGCGCGUGUGCGUGCGUGUACAUACGCUAUAUACAUAUAACACGUGUGUUUUUCACGAAACGAAAACGAGAUUAUAGAUAAUUAAAAACGGAACGAGUCUCGAGCGACUCGCCCUUUCCGACGGAUCCUUGUGUGUGAUCCUUGUGAAUAAUUGUAUUUGCAUAGAGCUAUAGAGAGUAAACUCGACCAAGCAAGAGGGAGGGCCUUGUGUGCUCUCGUGUGAAAAAAAAAAAAAAUUGUCAAUUAUUAUAUCGCUGUUCUCUCGUGCAUUUAGAGAAAGAAAAAAAAAAAAAUAGCGAAAACCGCGAGAUUUUAGAACUGCCCUCAUAUAAUCUGUCCUUUUGUCCUUCUCGCGAAUUUGUCCGAUGAAUUUCGCGAAGGCAAAAAAAUUCUGUGAUAAAAGAAUCUCUUUCUUUCGACUUUCUACGACGAAAUAGAGAAAGAAGGUCAGCCGCCACUGAUCAGACAAGUCUCACCACUUCUUCUUAUAUUACUGGAGAGCUCGGAAAAAGUGUUCAAGAGCGAAGAGAGAUUUUAUUUUAUCCUCCCAGAGGUAACGAAAUAGAAAUAAACGACUGCUAGAUAAGUCUAUAUUUUUCUAACGAAAAAAAUUGCACAAGAAAUAUUUUUAACACGGUAAAUAGCCAGAAAAUACUAUCGUAAAAGUCAGAUAAAUUCAUUUUUUUUUCUUUUUCCAUUUGUCUUGGAAAAAUGUGACAUUUUAAUGAAGAAGUGAUUAAUAGAAGAAUAAAAUUGAUAUUAUUUUCUUUUUUAUAUUUUUAUUUUAUAUGAUUAUUAAUUUACUUUCUCUACAAAUUCGCACGAAUUUAUAGCAUAAGAAAAUGUCGAGAUAUUUCGUAUUAAAUUGUAACAUAGACAUAUAUUUUAAACACGUUUUCUCUAAAAAAAAAUUUAUAAAAAUUAAAAAAAAAAAAUGUUUUUGUAAAUACUUACAUUUUGUACAUAAAACACAAAUUAAUAUGCUUCGUAAAGCUGAAGUAAAGACUAUCGCAUAAUGUCCUUUACAUUUUUUCAUCAAUUAAUAAUUAAAUGUUUUAAAAAGCAUUUGCAAUUUACAGUAUAAGCACAGUGUGAUCAAAAUAUUACAACUGCAUUAGAUCAUACCGAGAAUAAUUAAUAAUAAUAAUAAUAUUUCAUUGAAUAAUUAAACGCGCACGGCAUUAAAAUCAUAUAUCUCCAACUGAUUUUAAUUCCGAAUAAUUUCAAGGUAAUUGAAUUGUAAAGCAGUAAACCUAUUUUUUUUUUACGUUUCGUUCAUGGCCUCAAUCGAUAUGCCAUUACUGAAACGAGCGCUAAAUAAUAAACGACUCGAUUGGUCGAAAAAAAAAAAAGCGAACUUGCCUGGUUUUUGCCGGCGGACCUUCAUUGAAUCAAAUCGAAGCCCAUGUGUUAAUCAGUUAAUCAAAAAUCAUUCCAUUUCAUCUCGUCAACCGGUCGGUUUUUCACAUUGAUACAUUUUUUACAAAGAGCUGCGUAAAGUACGCAAAAAAAAAGAAGAAGAAGAAGAAGAAAAGAAACGAAACAGGAAAACGACAAAGAGCGAAAACACAAACACGGUCGAGUAUCCCGACGAUACUUAUUGUUAGCUCGAAUAAGGUUUCCCCGAGACGUUAGUCUUACGCAAUUUUUUGUACUUAUUCCCCUUCUUGUUCUCGCAUCUGUUUGUCUAAUUAGAUGUACAUUUCUCACGUAGAUGACGCCUCGAAAAAAAAAAAAAACGAAGAGAGAGAGAGAGAGGAGAGUGAGAUCGCGCGCCAGGACGAAGCGAGGAUGUAUGUAGUGCGCGACCUGACAAAAGUGAGAAUAGAUGGCCUACACUUUUA